AUGGCGCCGGCGCCACCUUUACCUCAACAACAACAACAACAACAACACCAGCAAUACAACCAGCCGUACUCGCCGACGACGACGUACCCGGCGCAAAAUAGCCAGGCGAACUAUGCCGCCAGCGCCGCCGCCGCUGCGUCGAACCAAGCGCAGGCGCCGCCGCCGCGCCAGGCGCUGCACCUGCUGCUGAGACUGAAGGACGGCCACACCUUCCUGCUCUCGCUGAAAUCUCGGUCGUUCACCUCGAUCUCCAAGCUCUCGCUGUUGCUGACGAAAAAGGCGCUGGCGACGCUGUUACCGUCGACGACGCUGUUGGCGGCGCUCUCGCUGUCAUCCACCGUGGCGCCGCCGUCGCCGCGCCAACAGCUGAGACGUCCUCCAGUGUACCCGGCGAUGCUUUCUGCUGUUGCCCGACAGUUUAGAGAGGCGAUUAUCUUGACGGUUAACACUAAAGAUGGUUUGGAGUACCACGACACGUUUACCGGUAAGAUGGCGGUGGACAUUAUCUGCCGGCUUAUCCGCACCAACGACCGCAAUUUGGCGCUUUUGCUCGGCCGCCUGUUGGACGCCCAGAAGCUCUUCCACGACGUCACCUACCAGCACCGGUUGCGCGACCUGGUCCACGAAGUGUACGCGUUUAACCGCACCUAUACCGACGACCCGCUGGCUCCCCCCCAGCUGGACUCGUCCAACGGGGUGUUCACGAUUUUGACCGAGUGCUACUCGCCUACCUGUACACGUAACGCUCUCUGUUACUCGAUUGCCUGUCCUCGUCGUUUGGAACAACAGGCCCGUCUCAACAUGAAACCCGCCGGUGGUUUGCGCCGCGCCGUGCUGCGGUUGCUGUUGGGCGAGACCGAGGAGAAUAAGACGUUGUGGCACGAGACGGUGCCGCAACUGGUGCUUGAUCUGCUUUCAAAGCAAGAGAAAAUGCGCCAAGAGCUCAUCUACGAGUUUAUCUAUACCGAGAGAGACUACGUUAAGGACUUGGAGUUCAUGACCGACUUCUACAUCAUGCCGUUGCGCAACCCGGCUAAUAACAUUAUCCCCGAACACCAGCGGGAGACGUUCAUCCAUACCGUUUUCGGAGGUGUCGGUGACUUAUUGCGCCUCGCAAAGCAGUUCUCAGAAGCACUCACCCGUCGCCAACAGCAGCAGAAACCAGUGAUCCUGACCAUCGCCGACGUGUUCCUCGAAUACGUCCAGUUAUUUGACCCGUUUGUCCGUUAUCUGGGGAAUAAAGUGUUUGCCCUGUUUGAACACGAACGCCAACAACAAGUGAACCCUAAAUACGCCCGCUUCUUAGACGCGAUUGAGAAGAAGCCUGAGCUGCGGAAACAAGAUUUGCUGUCGUUCUUAAUCAAAGGGGUCCAGAGACCAGCUAGAUACCAGCUUUUGCUCCAAGGGAUCAUCAAAAACACCGACGAACUGCUGCCUGAUUAUAAGAAUUUGACUCGGGCCAAAGAUGAAAUCGAAAAGCUUUUGCUGAAGAUCAACACCCAGACGGGUGAGCUGACGGAUAGACACAAAAUCAUGGUGUUGCACCGUCUUUUGGGCAAACAGACGUUGGAGAAGAAGAACUUCAAAUUGCUGUAUCACCACCGCAUCAUCUACCAGGCGCUGUUGCACCGUAAGCGGGAUAACGAGCGCAUCGACUUGUACUUGUUUGAGCACGCGUUGCUUCUUGUCAAGCACAAAAUCCACAACAAGAGGGAACACCACAAAGUGUACGAAAAGCCGAUGUAUUUGGGCUUGGUGUUUGUCAAUCUGGGCAUCGACGCCCCGCUGACGCGUCUGAUCCUCGCCCACCGUGUCGACGAGCUGGUGGUGCUGGACCCGCUGAUCCGCAACCGCAUUGAAACGCUGAAUUUCGGUACCGGUGGUGGCCAGACCAAGUACCAAAUCAACUUCUUAGGGUUGGGCGCUAAUCAAGUGCACGUGUCGUUGUUUGCUGAGGACGUCACCAUCCAACUGCAGAUCCUCCAGCAGAUCUACCAGCAACAGAAGAAGUUGAUUGAACAACACGACUUCUUCACCCUUUCGAAGUACGAGACCCGCAAGUUCUACGGGCUGAACAAGAUCAACUGUGCCGUCCCCUUCCACGGCGGCAAGAAGCUUUUAUACGGUACUGAUCUGGGUCUCUGGUUGCUGACUGUCCGGCAAAUUCUGGCCACCUCGACCGAGAAAAUCGUCAGUGACCCCACUAUCGUCAUCCUGCGCAACUACGUCACCCAGAUCGAGGUGCUCGUCGAGUACGGCAAGCUCUUGGUGCUUGCCGACAAACAAUUGUUCGAGUACGACCUUUCGUGCUGCGACUCGCUCGACCACGCCCGCAAUACGAGGCUGGGUAAGCUCUUGGCGCUGCCGUUGCUGUUCUUCAAGACGGGUAUCUGCGACGGCAAGUUGCUUGUGUGUGGCGCUAAAGUGGGGCCGCUGCACCUGAUCAUCAUCUUUGAGCCCACCAACCCGUUUGACCGCAGCAAGAACAAGCUGAGACGCACCGAGAUCAGAGAGGUGCUGUUCCUGCUGGACCCCGUCUCCAUCUCGUUCCUCAAGACCAAGUUGUGUAUCGGCUGCACCAAAGGGUUUGAGAUCUUGCUGCUUAAGGACGGCCAGAAGGAACCGAUCUUGGACGAGGCCGACCCGUCGCUUGACUUUGCCAUCUUGCGCGACCAGGUGACUCCGUUAGCGAUCCACCGCUUGAAUAAGGAGUUCAUGUUGUGCUACCUGGAGUUCGUGUUUUUAAUCAACCGCAAUGGCUGGCGCAUCAACCACGACUGGUUCAUCGCCUGGGAAGGGACCCCUCAGAAUAUGGCGCUUUUCUUCCCCUACUUGUUGGCGUUCGAACCGGGUUUCGUCGAGAUCCGCGACUUGCACCUGACAACGCUUCUCCGUUCUCUUGUCGGGGAGAACAUCCGUUUCCUCUACCUGAACGAACACGAGGCGAUGUACGCGUGCGAGGAAAACGGCUACGACAUCAUCGUCCUGAUCGACUUCUUGAAGUAA